AUGAAAGAUGAAAUAGCUACUAUGGUGUUCUUCAUCACACGCCUGGUGAAGAAGCACAACAAACUGAGCAAGGCCCAGCUGGAGAUGUUUGCAUCCAAGCUGCUGACGACUCUGUUCGAGAGGUACAAAAACCACUGGUACCCUGACAAUCCCUCGAAGGGGCAAGCUUUCAGGUGCAUAAGGAUAAACCAAUUCAAUGCUAGAGAUCCUUUGCUAGACCAAGCGUGUGCAGAGAGCAAUGUGGACUUCAGGAGCCUUGGCUUACCGAAGGAGUUGACUGUCUGGGUUGAUCCAUUUGAAGUCUCCUGCAGAUACGGUGAGAAGAACCUGCCUUUCACGGUGGCUCACUUUGAAGGCAACGAAGAGGACCACGACAUCUCUCAGUGCAUCCGCCAGGCUGUGGAUAAGGCCCUGACAUACGACCACCAAUCGAGCACUUCCUCUGACGAGGAGAGCUCCAUCACGCAGCCCAAAAGCAUCCCUACGGUUAGCAACCCAAACAGUGUGUACCAGUGUGGCGAGCCAUUCCACAUCUGGGCUCAGUACUCUCGCAGGAAAGUGCACGGCCCUGAUGGAGUCCACCCAAACCCAGCCAGUGAUUGCUACCUUCAGUACAAGGGCUACAAGGCCUGCCGGCCAUCAGCCGCGUUCGCUGGUCCUCGUAUAGACAGAUACCACUGGGUCAACUCCAACCGAUAA